AAGCCGGGUGAGAGUAGGCUGGCAGUGUGUGUGUGUGUGUGUGUGUGAGGAGCAAGGCAAUCACAGCAGCCCCCUGCCAUUGUCUUUCGCUCUUGGAUCUUCGCCGUAAUUUGAAAGAAAAACGAAAUUGAGCCAUUUCCCAGCUUGAUAUUGUUAGGAAGGAGAGGACUUUUGUUUGGGGGGGAGUGGGUGGUGGGAGUGUGGAUGAGGUGGAAACACAAACAGCAGCUGAACUCCUCGUUUGCCCGCGAUGUACCAGUGCCGGUGGUGUGGGAAUAAGCUAGCGGGCUGCUUCGAAAGCCACCAUCCGUGUGCCCUGUUCUCCAGCUAGUAGUGUUCCACUCAGCGACCACCCCCCCCCCCUCUCCCAACACCAACCCCCUUCCCAACACCUUUCAGAGACUCCUCAACCUUUACACAGGCUGCAGACUGGGAAGCCGCACGUUAUGGCCGUGAGAUUGAAGUGACAGCAGGGAGAUGCUCGCGUCCACAGCCCUCCUCGUGUCGAACCAACUAAGGAAUGCCAGCGGCUCGCCUCCUUAAAGGUCUCAGAGGUGAGGGAGGAUGGGAGCGAACAGUUCUUCAAAGCGGCCGGUUUUUGAUGAGAAGGAGGGCGUGACUUUUGACCAUUUUCAAAUACUACGUGCAAUUGGAAAAGGGAGCUUUGGCAAGGUGUGCAUCGUGCAAAAGAGAGACACAGAGAAAAUGUAUGCUAUGAAGUACAUGAAUAAGCAACAGUGCAUCGAGAGAGAUGAGGUUCGAAAUGUAUUCAGGGAACUGGAGAUCCUGCAGGAAAUUGAACAUGUUUUCUUAGUAAACCUCUGGUACUCCUUCCAGGAUGAAGAAGAUAUGUUCAUGGUGGUUGACCUACUCUUAGGUGGAGAUCUUCGCUAUCACCUUCAGCAAAAUGUCCAGUUUACGGAGGAUGCAAUGAAACUUUAUAUCUGUGAAAUGGCCUUGGCCUUAGACUAUUUACAGAGUCAACAUAUUAUUCACAGGGACGUCAAGCCUGACAACAUUCUUCUUGAUGAGCAAGGACAUGCACACCUGACAGACUUCAACAUAGCAACGAUUAUUAAAGAUGGAGAAAGAGCAACCGCUCUCGCUGGAACAAAGCCGUACAUGGCUCCUGAGAUUUUUCAUUCCUUUGUCAAUGGUGGCACUGGAUACUCGUUUGAAGUAGAUUGGUGGUCACUAGGAGUCACUGCGUAUGAACUUCUUCGAGGAUGGAGGCCAUAUGACAUCCAUUCUAGUGUCACAGUUGAAUCCCUGAUUCAGCUAUUCAGUACAGUGAGUGUACAAUACUCCUCUACUUGGACAAAAGAAGUUGUUACAUUGCUAAGAAAGUUACUUACCGUCAAACCUGAACACCGGCUGUCCAGACUUUCAGAUAUUCAAAGCUGCUCUUACUUAUCUGACAUCAGUUGGGAUGCUGUCUAUGAGAAGAAGAUGGAACCUGGUUUUGUUCCAAAUAAAGGUCGGCUGCACUGUGACCCCACAUUUGAACUAGAAGAAAUGAUUCUAGAGUCAAGGCCACUGCACAAAAAGAAGAAAAGGCUGGCAAAGAACAAAUCCAGGGACAACAGCAAGGAUAGCUCCCAGUCAGAUAAUGAGUAUCUCCAGGAGUGUUUAGAAGUAGUGAGACAAGAGUUUAUGGUCUUCAACAGAGAAAAGGAGAAAAAUCAGUGCAAAGUUUUACCAAGAUCAAAACCAACAGUUUGGACUGGCACCUGUCUUCCUUUUAGAAAAUGGUUAAAAAAGAGGCCAGAGGAACCAACGGCAUCUGCAUCAAUAGUUGAAGCAGAAGCAAAACCAGAAGCAGUUGCUGAAGAUGAGGGUGAAAGUGGAAAUCUGCACAUGUGUAGUUCAGUGUGUUCUUCAACAAGUAGCAGCUAGGACUAAAAGGUCAGGCUGCUCUUUCCAUCUGUCUUAAUGUUUCUCAGGCUGCUUCACUGGGCUAACAAGCUUUAUUAAAGCUUUCAAUGCCGUUUGGAAAAGGAAAUCAUCCAUUGAAUAAUCUCUGGAUAUCCAGUGAACUACAACAGAAUAACAUUGCUCAGUGAAUUUAUUUCGUAUAUUUUUAAAAAAAAAACACUGGAAAAUAGGCAGGUUGAUGCUCUUAUGAACUGAAAGGUAGAUAUUCUCUAUGCAACCAUAUAAUGGCACAUUAUGUCAUCAGUUUAAUAGGAUGUUGAAUGUUCAAAACAAGUUGGAUCUGUAUUUCUCAUUCAGUUGUUUUUGCGCUUUGUUCAUGUCUUGCUAAUAGUAUGUCAAAAUCUUUCCAUGCAAUGGUCCUGACUAAUAAGAGUCAUAAUAUUCAUACAAAUUUGACAUAAAGGCUGAUUAAUAAUGUACAAUAAUUUUACUAGAAGAGAAUACAUUUACAGAGUACUGUUGGACUACAUUAUCGUACAAUACAUAUAAUUAACAAAGAUUUCUAUCACUUCAUAAUCUUUCAUAUGGGUGGGAGGGGAAAUAGAGAACUGGAAGAUUUUAUGUGUAAAUAGUGACAGCAUUGUUGUGUAUCCACAGUUUUAUGUGGUGGGCUUUGAUAGGAAAAUGUAUUAUUGAACCAAAUUUUCAUACAGAAGCUUACACUAUUUCCAAAAAUGUUUCAAAUGUGCAGGCACAACUUAUGGGCAAGGAUGCCAAAGCUUUUAUAGCACUGACAUUUUCAUUCAUAACAUGCAAUUAGAUAUAUCUAAUUAGCAUAUAACUAAAUGGCUUGAAAUUGUAUUAAUAUUCGAUUUGUCACAUCCCGUGUAUACUAUUGCUUUGAAUGACCAUAUAGUGUGAUCAACUGCAAAAUAUGUUAGCAAAAUAGCAGUUAAUACAAUACGCAUUACAGAUGUUUGGUAUCAGCUGCUUUUACAAUAGGCUAUUAUAAUUGAUAGAAUCUUAGGGAGACAUGAUGAAACAGGUAGAAAUUUCAAUCAGUGAUGUUCAUGAAGUACUUUUAUUACACUGCAUUUUUGUGUGCGCUGGUUUUAUGUUAACUAAUUUAAGAUACGCAGCUCAGCACGUGGUGUUAAAAAAAACAAAGCACACACAGGAAUGUAGCACAAGAUUGCUGCACACUUUGCUGAUGGGAAUUUCAACCUUUGAAUGUUAGCAGUUACGUAGCUCAAUUUACUUAAGAUACCUGUCAGUAAAAAUGACAAAUGGUAAAUUAUAUUUUAAAAACUUAUUGUAUGUAUUCAAAUGUUAUUUAUGUAUUUUUUUUGUUGCAUGAUUAAUACAUUGGUUUUGGACUGAACCCUGGUCCUUGAAAAUGUGCAAUGAUGAGCAAACUUUUCAAGAAGAGGUUGUAUCUCUGUAGUACUGAGAUGUUGAAUUUUUAAUAUUUAAAGAAAUGGAGCAUGAUCCAGUUUCUUGCUGUAUUGGGAAAAACAAGUUGGAAAUAAAUUUGUUCUU